AUGACUUCACGCAUCAUCCUAGUUACUGGCGCCAACCGAGGUAUCGGGUUUUGUAUCGCCCAAGUACUUGCACAAAAGAAUGUCGAAGACACUGUCAUUAUCACAGCUCGUGGACAGGAAUCGGCGUCACAAGCAAUUCAGAAGUUGAGAGGAUUGGGAGCACGAACUCACUUGGACUCGGCAGUGCUUGAUGUCACAAGCGAUGAAAGCAUUCAUGCGCUGAUAUCAGUGAUACAAGAAAGAUAUGGAAGGCUCGAUGUCCUCAUUAAUAAUGCAGGCAUCGCAGCGGUGCCAUCUUCUGACCUCUCUGACUAUCGCCAGGUGUAUAAUGCGAUCCUGAAUACCAAUGUCACUUCAGUCGGGCUCAUGAUCACACUUCUUCUGCCUCUUCUGCUCAAGUCUCCAAACCCGAAGGUCAUCAACAUCUCUUCCGGUCGCGCAUCUAUCACAAGGCUCACCUUGGGUGAUCUUCCCGCGACAGUCAGUGUGCCUUAUAGUGUUUCGAAGGUUGCUCUGAAUGUCAUGACUCUUGAAAUGGCUAAAGCUGAGCCGAGGGUUGCCUUUUUCCUGGCAAAUCCUGGCCACUGCAAGACUGCAUUCAACGGAUACAAAGGCAAGAAGGACCCACUUCUGGGUGCCGAGGUGGCUGCCAAUCUUGUCUAUGGUGAUUACAAGAGUGGUUUUUGGCACAAUGAUGGAGGAGAAAUGGAGAUGAUGCCCUGGUAG